CCACUGCGAUAAUUUAAUGCCGGGCAUCAGUCAGGCAGAUUUUGUUGGCCAACAGCAACAACAACAACAGCAGCAGCAGCAGCAACAGCAACAUCUUCAUCAUGUCGUCAAUCCAACGUUGGCGCACAAUUACGCGGCACCGCAACCCAUGAAAUCGCUGGACCAAGUCAAAGUGGUUUACUCAAAUUCGGCCAAUAGUCGAAAUUACGUGCCCGUCAAUUCGCUGCCAAACGGCACGAUCAAUUCUACUAGUACAGGUACUGGAACUGCUGUUGUAAUUAAGUCAACUUCUCAACAGCAUCACCAUAAUUCACCUCCAGUUUCCACAAUGACUUUACCUGGACAAGUAUCGUCCAAUCAAUCCUCUGUUUCAUCCAAUGUUAUUACUGUUUCUAAGCAAAUGGCACAGGGUGUAGUUACUGGUAACUCUCCUCAAACAAUUUUGCCAGCAAAUGUACAAAUACUUAAUGUAAAUGCAUUGCGGCCACAAAACUCUCAAGGAGGAGUUAAUAAAAAUAUGUCAAGAGUAAUGAUACCUCAAGUAGUUGGGGCCCGUCCUGGUGCACCUGGACUUACUCUACAAACACUCCAACAAGCACAAGGUGGACAUAUAUUGUUAAAGACUGAAAAUGGCCAGUACCAGUUAUUACGAGUUGGCCCAGCACCUAGUCAAGGAAAUGCUAUUACCCAAAAUAAUGCAAAUUUUAGAGUUCAAUCUGUUCCUUCAGUUGCAACUAACAAUGUUUCCAUUGCUGGUACACCAACUACAACACCAACUCAAACGAUCGCUCAACCUCAACAGGCGCAUCAAAAAAUUCAACAAGACAAUACUAAAGAAAAAUGCCGAAAAUUUUUAGCCAAUUUACUUGAAUUGUCAAGUAAAGAACCUAAACCUGUAGAAAGGAGUGUGCGAACCCUUAUACAAGAAUUGGUUGAUGCCAAGGUGGAGCCAGAACAGUUUUGUGAUCGACUUGAGAAACUUCUAAAUGCUUCACCACAACCGUGCCUUAUUGGUUUCCUCAAGAAAAGUCUACCACUUCUGAGGCAAUCACUUAUGUUAAAAGAAAUGGUGAUUGAUGGAAUUCGACCACCACAACUUAGUGCUCAACCUACUGUUGUUUUAGCUAAUCAGCAGCAAGCAACGAAUACACAAGUAAUGGGAAAUAUCUUAAGCAAUGCAGCAUCUAACCAACAAACGGUUAGAAUAAUGACUUCCCAACCAGCUUUAACACCAGCAAGAACAAUUAAUUCUCAACAACAACAUAGAAUUGUUUCUCAACAAGUCAGGGUACAAACUCCAACAGGUCUUACAGCUGUUAAUAAAAUGGGUUCAAUUCGUAUCCAACCUCCAAUAGUAUCUUCUCAAGCUACUACACUUCCUCCACCACUUACAUCAACAUCAUCCCCAAGACCACCAGUGGGUAGUGGUCGGCAGAUGCUUGUUAAAGCAGUACCUCUUAAGACACCAGCUGGAUCCCAUAUUAAAAUUAGUACUCCUAUAGUAUCAACACCACUACAAACUAAUAGUAUAACAAUGCCUCAACCUCGGAUACCACCAUCACCAAAUAUAAUAGCACAACCUACAAUGAUCAGCAAAGCUCCAACACCAAUUACUGUUGCUCCUCCAACAGUUGCGUUGUCUAAACCUCCAUCCAAGGAAAAAGAAAAGAAAUCUUUUUCGUCAUCAGCAGCAUAUGUUGGUGAUGAUGAUAUUAACGAUGUUGCUGCUAUGGGUGGUGUCAACUUAGCAGAAGAAACCCAAAGAAUUUUAGGUUCCACAGAAUUUGUUGGAACACAAAUUAGAUCAUGUAAAGAUGAAAUACUUUUACCGCAAAAUCCAUUAGUAGCAAAAAUUAAACAAAUUGUAAAUAGAGAAGGUUUAGAAGAUGCUGCAGCAGAUGUACCAGCAUUAGUAUCUCAUGCAGUUGCUGAACGUUUAAAAGAUCUUUUAGAAAAAUUUGCUGUUGUAGCGGAGCAUCGUUUAGAUUUUAAUAAAGCGGAUAAACGGUAUGAAAUUACUAGAAAUAUUCGAGGUCAAAUCAAAUGCCUUGAAGAAAUUGACAAGGUUGAACGUAAGAAGCAAGAUGAAAUGGAGCGAGAGCUCUUAUUACGGGCAGCUAAAAGCAGGUCUAAAAAUGAAGAUCCAGAACAAGCAAAAUUAAAAGCUAAAGCCAAAGAGAUGCAAAGGGUAGAGAUGGAAGAAUUACGACAGCGAGAAGCUAAUUUAACUGCCUUAAAUGCAAUUGGACCUAGGAAAAAACCAAAAUUAGAACCAGGAAUAAUUCCUAGUUUACAGAACCAAAAUUGUAGUAUUAAUACCAGUUUAACAAAUAGACAAACAAUACCUAGACAAAGGAUAAAACGUGUUACCAUGCGAGAUACACUUUUUGUACUUGAACAAGAAAAAGAUAUUCGUAGGAAAGCAAAUUUCAUGUUCAAACCAUUCUUAAAGUGAUAUUUACCAUCAGAUUGUCAUUGUAGCCGUUCCUUAUUGCGGCUGAUGGCUAGUCUUGUUGACUAUGUUUUCUGCCGCAUUGUCGAACUAAUUCAUAUUGUUGUUAAAAAUCAUUUCAUACAUAUUUUAGAUUAAUUUUAUUUACAAAAUUGUUAAUUUUUGUUAUAUUGUU